GUUUAAGGAUGUGGUUGUAUAACCAGUUCCAUGCUAAACGACAUUUGAGAUACCCAGGGGUGUAGUAUACCUAAAGAGCACUUUGAUUCUUUCUUUUAUAUACUACUGAAAACAUUUUGUUUCUUUUGACCGACCCCUUCUGAUCUUCAAUACCCACUCUGCGUAUCGCAUUGUUAAUCUUCACGCUGCAUGGUUCCAACGAGCACCUCUGGAUUGGAGAGCACUGCAAGCAACCUCUCUGCCAUGGUGGCUUGUUUGUUUCUACAUAUAUAUAGCUGACAAAUGGUGAAAAGUGCAGAAGGAAUCCAAUACGAAGUGGAAAGUGGGGCCACCUGCAGAGAACUGGAGAUCCCACCAGCAAACUGUCAUUAUAUCCGACUCAUCCAAUGGGACUGAUUAUCUUUGCAAAUGAUUUGCCAUCAGACAAGUAGUAGAAUACCAUCCGAUGGUGUCACUUUUGUGAUUGCUGGUGGUCACCUUCCAUUCUCCGCCUAAUUUUAUCCAGGACCGACUAGUAUAAAAGAGGAGGGUGCUUUUCUACUCUCCUUCAGACGACAAGGCAUAGCUACGAGAAAGAAAGUCUCGUUGAAGAGAGGCAGAGGAAGCUCCCACCCACCCAGAGGGGGCUAAGAGGCAGCAUGGAGUGUGCAGGGGAAGAUGAUGGCACAGGGAGUGGAAGCAGGAGGAGGAGCAGGAGCAUGAGCAUGGGCGGAUCAGAUGCAACGUCGACCAUGAGCGACGGCGGCACGACGGCGGUCAAGCAGCACCAGGCUCUGAGGCUCGUGGAGGACCUCUCCCUCCCUUCGGUGCAGGUGGUGGUGAUGAGCGCCAACAUGGGCUGCUCCCACUGCCGACAGCGGGUCACCAAGGUCGUCACCAAGAUGAACGGGCUGCUGGAUUACAUGGUGGAUUUCGGGAAGAAGGAGGUGACGGUGAGGGGCACGGUAAUUCACACCAAGAAGAAGAAGAAGAGGAAGAAGCAGCAGCAGUACAUGAUCGCUGGGCUGGAGAAGGUGCCGCCUGCUGCUAACGUGGGCGCCAGGACGCUCUCCUGGUUUUUGGGAUGCUACGGUUCAUAGCUAGUAGUACGUACAAAGCAUAGUAGUAUACUGUUAUGUACUAGUUACUCUUUCUUCUUUAUAAUUUUCCCAUGGAAAUAAUGUUUGCUGGUAGAGUGGUAGUGGUAACUAUUGUGUAUAUCAUGUCCUAUAAUCUCACAUUUGCAAACUGCAAGGUGCUAGAGCACACAUUGCAGGCUUCCAGUACAAUUUUUGUAUGUGGGCCUUCUCUGCAAGUAUGAAAUGGAACAAUGAGGAUUAAGUUAGA